AUGGUACAUCUAUCAUUGACUCGAUAUGCAUAUAUUAGCUUUCUUGAUCUUGGUAAUAUGGGUAAGCAUAUGGCAACAAAUUUAAUUGUAGCUAAUCAUCAUGUAACAGUUUUUGAUAUUCACCCACAAGCAUUUGAUUAUUUUAAAGGACAAAAAGAAGCUAUAAUAGCCUCUGUACCACAAAAAGCAGUAGCAAAUUCAGAAUUUGUUAUUUUAAUGUUGCCUAAUGGCAAUAUUGUACGUGAUAUUUGUCAAUCAAGUAUUUUUUCUGCUCAAAAAGGUACAUUAACAUUUAUGGUUGGUGGUCAACCAAAUGAUUUUCAAGCUGUGGAACCUAUUCUUAGUAAAAUAGGCAAAACUAUUAUCCAUGCUUGUGCAAAUGGUAGUAGUUUAACGAUAUUCGACAUUAUUCAUUAA